CUGUGGUUUCUCUCUGCUUGGUGAGCAGAGAUAAAGGGGGCAGCGGGACUGGGCCUACCAGCCGUCCAGGCUGCCCACGCAAACCACAGGGCCGAAUCUGGAGCAGCCCAAGGGCCACACAGCUAAGCCAAGUGCGAGAAUGCUUGUGUGACCUUGUGAAGGCGAUUCCCACCGUGUGGCUGUGGGGGAUAGAAAAAGUCUGCUUGGAAAGAUGUAUGAGACCUUUGAGCAAACAGCUAUGUUUCAGAAACAGGGCCUGCUCGGAAUGUGUAUUUGGUGGGAUUCUAACCUUAGGGACACUUCUUUCUUCUGAGAUACCCGAGGUCUUUGGCGAGUGACACAGGAUGGCCCUUCCUUUCCUAGUUGGGUUCUGACAGCUCCCAGGCAGUGGUUUAUACAACCAACACGAAACAUUUCUAGGAUCCACCCGAUUCCUCCCCUCAUUGAUAUUCAGGAAGCAGCUCUCCUUCCCCUGCCUUUAGCGCAAGUUUGCUGAGCUUUUGUUUCAUUUGUGAAUAGUUCUUGCUGGAAGUCCCUCACCCAGAGACCAGCGCUCCCAACUGCCGAGCGGCGGGGAGAUAAAGAACUGGUGACACGUGGCUGUACAUUCAGCACAGCUGUGGUGUCCCCAAGUGCCAUGACCCAAGAGCCAUUCAGAGAGGAGCUGGCCUAUGACCGGAUGCCCACACUGGAGCGGGGCCGGCAAGACCCCGCCAGCUACGCACCAGACACGAAGCCGAGUGACCUGCAGCUGUCGAAGAGACUGCCCCCCUGCUUCAGCCCCAAGACGUGGGUCUUCUCCGUGCUAAUGGGGUGCAUCCCCUCGGCAAUUGUGAGCUUCACCGUCUCCAGGAGGAAUGCCAAUGUGAUUCCCAACUUUCAGAUAUUGUUCGUUUCCACAUUUGCUGUGACCACUACGUGUUUAAUUUGGUUUGGAUGCAAACUAAUCCUGAACCCAUCAGCAAUAAAUAUCAACUUCAACCUUAUCCUGCUGCUCCUGCUGGAGCUGCUCAUGGCGGCCACGGUGAUCAUGUCUGCACGGUCCAGCGAGGAGUACUGCAAGAAAAAGAAGGGCUCCAUGUCUGACAGCACCAACAUUCUGGGCGAAGUACCAUUUCCUGCUCGGGUCCUGAAAUCUUAUUCAGUCGUCGAGGUAAUCGCAGGCAUCUCUGCCGUCCUCGGGGGGAUCAUUGCCCUGAACGUGGAUGACUCAGUCUCAGGCCCACACCUCUCAGUGACGUUCUUUUGGAUCCUAGUGGCCUGCUUUCCAAGUGCCAUUGCCAGCCAUGUGACAGCAGAGUGUCCCAGCAAGUGUCUGGUGGAGGUGCUGAUAGCCAUAAGCAGCCUCACGUCUCCGCUGCUGUUCACAGCCUCUGGAUAUCUGUCAUUCAGCGUCAUGAGAAUCGUGGAGAUGUUUAAAGACUACCCGCCAGCCAUAAAACCAUCCUACGACGUGCUCCUGCUGCUGCUCCUGCUGGUCCUCCUGCUGCAGGCCGGCCUCAACACGGGCACUGCCAUCCAGUGUGUGCGCUUCAAGGUCAGCGCAAGGCUGCAGGGCGCGUCCUGGGACACCCAGAGCGGCCCGCAGGAGCGCCUGGCUGGGGAGGUGGCCAGGAGCCCCCUGAAGGAGUUUGACAAGGAGAAAGCCUGGAGAGCCGUCGUGGUGCAGAUGGCCCAGUGACCCCCGGAUGCAGAAACUGGGUGGCAGUGCCCAGCCUGGCCCCAAGCACGGAAACGCACAAACCCUAAUCGCCCCGAGCUACUGCUUCUAACACCUCUUUUCCCCUGUGUGAGGGCAGACCAGGCUGUAGUGGGGUUUUCGCUUCCUAGGGUAGUUUAAUUUUAAAAUAGGCCAAUGUUGGCUAGUCUGUGUUUCAGUCAGAUCAGUCAGUGCCAAGGGCUCCCGUGUCCUAACAGCAGGAGCAUGGCCGCAGCUUCCCAGGCCGAGGAAGGGCCCCCUGGUUCCGCCUCUGAGAGCCCCACCGCUGAGCAGGCCCCAGCUCCGCGUCCUGCCUCUCUCAUGGCCUGGGCUAGAGUGGGCUCUCUGGACCUGACCAGGGUCAGACUGUGGGUCCCUGCGUCUCCUGCCCCCUCUGACCCGGCUUCUUCCCUCCACUCUUCGGGUCUAUCCUGGGUGCUCAGUCAGCCCAGUGGGAUCUUACCUACUUCCCUGCAAGGUGCACCUGCCCCAGGCUCAGCCUGCCCAGCGGCUCUUCCUGGACAGUGAGAACAAGGCUGGGCACCUCUGUCCUGGCCCGGGAGCCGUGGGGGCCUCUCCUCCAGAGCCCAGGUGCAAGUGACGUGGGCUGCCACUGCUCUCCCAGGUGAAAUCCACACCGGUCCACACCGGGUCACCUGCCCUGUCUUCCUACAUAGACCCAGUCAUUCUAGAGGAAUCCGCCGCCACAGUGGCUGGCCCACGUCCCAGGCACUGCCCACAUCCUGGGCACUGUCAUGCCCAGCUUGGAGUGCC